CACAGCAGCAAACCAUCCACGAUCGAAUUGUCGUCGUCAACCCUGACAACCAUUGUCCCCCAAGUAUCAAUCGGACUUCAUAGUUUAUCACCCUGUUGUUGUCAUUGUGAGAUAGAUCUCGCAUCAUUCGUUUGAGUGUUGGACUUCCGUACCGUACCGUUCGCAAGAGAAGUGAAGUGAAGUGAAGUGAAGUGAAGAAAGAUGAGCCAUCAACACCAGCAACAACCAUUCGUCCAUCCGCAAGCAACGACGAGAGAGUCACGCGAUGUCCUCCAUCGAGCGAUCUACGAUUACUUUCGAAAGUUGGCUCUGCCGCAACAGCAUCAACAGGCUGAUCAUUCCCUGAUGCAUGCUAGUUUUGGAAAUCCCUUUGCUGUGGAAGAUUCGACUGCUACGACAGGAGCAUCAUCAGCCUUGCAAAACCAGGCCCAAUCGGUUCUCCAAGUGCUGGAGAGAGAGUUUCCAAACAUGUUGCUCUUGCCAGGAGAAGACAUUCAAGAUCCCAAUGUAGAGUCCGAAUUGGAGAAACGAUUUCACGGGUCGUAUCCUCCUCACAACAAGAAGGAUCAACAUCAGUCCAUGGUACAGCAGCAGCAGCAACAUGCACAUGGCUUUUUACCGCUGCAAGGACCACCCAUGAUGACACAUCAUACACAACAUCACACUGCGACCCCUGAAAGCCAAUCUGCACAUGCCUUUGAUGUGAUGGAACCAAAUCCUCGACAGAAUCAUCAUCAACCAUUGCCAGUUCAGCAGCACCAGGCUCAUUCAGGCAUCCAUUCUGUGCCAAUGCCAAUUCAGCACCAUCCUCAUCAGACUCCACCCAUCCACAGAAACUCGCCUCCUCCUCCUCAAAUUCCAAUUCCCGACACAAACAACAACAGUACUACAAUCCUCAUGCCUCCUCCACCACCACCACCACUACGACAAGAACCGCCUUCGCGAAAUAAUGAAAUCAUGGUUCCUCCACUGCGAUCACGCAAAAAAGGACCCCUGACUCAUCCAGCGGACAGAGUAGAUGCGGGCAUUGAUACAGACAUGGCGCCACUGCCACCGGCACAAGUCAUGCCCGUCGUAGAGCACGCCAAUGUCAAAACUGCAGCAGCAGAAACACCAAACCGCGCCAUGAUGAUGCCUCCCAGAACACGACCAGGAGCAGAAUGCAACGACGAUGAUUCCUCUUGGAAACCCAAUGCACCCUCCAAUACGAAUGAUGGUAACAACAACAAGCAAGAUACAGCCAACAACCCAGCCAUUGCUGCAGCACUGGAAACACCCAAUAAUGGCGACAACAAUAACCAUGCGACUAGUACCGACGACACCCAGAAACUCGCAGCAGAUGAUGUACACCACCAAGUCGAACUGCAAAAGGUCAAAUCACAACUACGCGUCGCCAAACGAAAAAUCAAAAAGCUCAAAGUUGUACAAACAGAUGACGACGAGGGCAACCACAACAAAAAGAAGAAAAGGAGAAAAAAGACCCAUGACACCAGCAACAGUACGACGACGACUACCUUUGAACAACGCUUUCAAGAACUGGUUCAUUAUCAAAAGGGAUACGGACAUUGUCGCGUGCCUUGCACCAGUAAAGAAAAUCCAGGAUUGGCACGAUGGGUGCAGACUAUGCGUGCCGCGUACAAGGAAAAACAAAAACGCAAACAACACUACGGCGGACAAUUGACCGAUGAGCGACAAGAACAGUUGGAAACCAUUGGAUUCGAAUGGUCCAUUCAAGCCAAACCAAAGGCGACCUGGGAACAACGAUUCCAAGACUUGAAAGCGUUCAAAGUCCAACAUGGACAUGUGCGGGUGGUACGGAGUUAUCCCCAGGAUCCGUCACUCGGGGAAUGGUGUCAUCGACAACGAUUCUUGGCGCACAAGAAUGAACUGGAAGCGCACAAGAUCCAGCUGUUGACCGAUUUGGGAUUUGAGAUUUGGGUCCGCAAGCAGGGGAAAUCGUGGGACGAUCAUUUUGCAAUGUUGCUCGAAUUUCGACGAACACAUCAACACCUUAAAGUGCCUCCACCGGAUACGCGAACAAAGGUGAAGCAGGUAUUGUUGAAUGCAGCCGCUGCUGGAAAGGGAGAUGGAACCAAUGACGCAGGGCUUACUCCUGGUGGUGAUGCUGCAGAGAAUGGGGGAGAGACUGCAACCGCAGCAGGCGAAAGUGGACCGCCGACACUCGAUCCAGCAACCGAAGAGUACAAGGAAGAACAAGCGUUUCGUAGAUGGGUAGCCGUACAGAGAGACAACUAUCACCUCAAGUAUCUCAAGGGAGUCACGAGUCCAUUGACCAAAGCCCGCGUCAAGAAGCUCAAUGGGGUUGGCUUUGAUUGGACACGGGAAGGGGGUGAGAAUGAUUUGCGAAAGAUUCGUCGCGGAGAAUUCCAUCAUAGGAACGAUCCUCAUAUAUGGAACCGGCGAUUUGAAGAGUUGUUGGAAUACAAGAAGCGUUUCGGAGAUUGCAAUGUACCAAAAGAAUGGCCUGAAAACAAGUCUCUUGGUGCAUGGGUAGCCACGCAACGAAAGAACUACAAGGCCAUGUUGUCAGGCGAACGCAGUUCGUUGACCAAUGAACGGCGCACCGCGUUGGAAAAUAUUGAUUUCGUGUGGAUAGUUCGACCGGCAAGGACUCGUCCCAAGAUUCUGGAGAUUGAAGGGUUGCAGACAAUGGCUGCAGAGAUGCUUUAGCUAGGUCGGAUUGAGCGGAAACACUUCCCAGUACCGAAAUCUAGGUGAAUCCUUCUAUUUU